UAUUUUUUUGAAGCUUGUUCUUCCCCUAAUUUCUAAAUCCCUAAACUCUCUUUCCCUAUUUCUGCCUUCAGAUGUUUAGCCCUCAACAAUUCACGCACAACAUUUUCGUGGUCGAUUCCUCAGUCAUCUCUGUCUGUCGUCAACGCCGUCUGGGCAGAGCCGGCGACCCACAGCCCCCACGCCUUCUGCUUCUCGCCAUUCUCCGACCUCCGUGCUCGACGCGACGACGCUCUCUGUCCGUCCGUCCAUCACAGGGCGCACAUCCUCCACUCCCUCCAGCGACCACUGCGAGUCUCCGACCAGCGUAGCAGAGCCAGGGUUCUUCAAUUUUAACGACAGCCAGAGGUCCAUUGAAGUGCUGACGUGAAUGAGAUGAAGAGUUGGCUGUUGGCCUCUUGCCUCCUUCCCUUUGGUUCGCUGUUUGCUUAAUUGACUGGAGGCACGAAGUUCUUGACGAGUGACGAAGGCCUCUCUGGCAGACGGCGAGUCGGUGGAGACUAGAGAUUGCCAGUUGCUUUCUUCAGAUCAAUGAUUCUGGAGGAUGGGUUUACUCCAAACCUUAUACAAAUGUGGGAGCACUAUCUGCUUGUAUUUCAAAAUUAAAGAAUGUCUUUGUCUCAGAUUAUUCGGUCAUGCACAACAAACAAGUCUAUUCUUAGUGGAAAAGCAGCCCAUGCACAACUCAUCAAAUAUGGAUCCAAAUCGGAUGUAUAUACAAACAAUCACUUACUCUCCAUGUACGUAACAUUCCAUGAAAUUGAAUGUGCCCAGAAACUCUUCGACGAAAUGCCCAAACGGAAUGUAAUCACCUGGACAACGUUAAUUUCCUCUUAUUCUCAUAUGGGUCUAUCUGAAAAAGCUUUAGGGAGCUUCAGGUCAAUGGUUCUGGAGGAUGGGUUUACUCCAAAUCAUUAUACAUAUGUGGGAGCGUUAUCUGCUUGUAGUUGCUUAGGGGCUGCAAGAACUGGGAAAGAGAUACAUGGGAGGAUAUUCAGAGCUGAGGAGACAUUAAAUAACUUUGUCAGCAACUGCUUGGUUAACUUUUAUGGGAAAUGUGGGUUGUUGAAGUCAGCUCAGCUUGUGUUUGAUGCUAUGUUGGAGCCAAAUACAGUUACUUGGGCUUCGCUUCUUUCAUGUCAUUGUCAGUGUGGGGAGUACGAUGAAGGGCUCAGGAUUUUCUUGAGGUCUUUGAGAGCUGGAGUGUUGGUUAAUGAAUUCUUAUGUGGGAUUGCGCUGGGUGCUUGUGCUUCAGUGGAGUGUCUGGGAUUUGGAAUGGGAAUUCAUUGUCUAAUUGUGAAAUGUGGUGUCAAAAUGGAUCAGUACGUGGUCACUGGGUUGGUUAACUUUUACGUAAAGUGUGGUCAACUUGGCUUGGCAUAUAACACGUUUAACAUGGCAAGUGCUCCCGAGUUGCAUGCUUGGACUGCCUUGAUUGGAGGUUGUGUGCAGCAAGGGAAGGGGAGAGAGGCUGUUAAUCUUUUCUGCAAGUUGCUUUCUUCAGGCUUGAAACCAAGUGAAAGAACAUAUGCAUCUGUCCUAGGAGCUUUUACUGAUACAAAGGAAUUUCAAGUUGGAAUGCAGCUCCACUCUUUUAUCAUAAAACUGGGAUUCAAUUCGUUUACCUUUGUUUGCAACGCACUAGUGGACUUUUACUCAAAGAGCAAUCUGCUUGAUGAGUCAUUUAAAAUUUUUCAAGAAAUGACUGAAUAUGACAUUGUUACCUGGAAUGCGCUAAUAGCUGGAUAUAUACGGUCCGGUCAUUAUGAACAAGCUAUCAAACUUCUCCAAGAGAUGUUGUUUGAGGGGCUCGAACCUAAUCUUCACACAUACUCUUGCAUUUUGAGCAUCUGUGGGGAUUUGCCGGCUAUUGAAUGGGGCAAGCAAGUUCAUUGCCGCAUUAUGAAGCCUGGUUUUGAUUCCAAUGUGGUUGUUGGAAGUACCCUAAUUGAUAUGUAUGCUAAAUGUGGACGUUUGGGCGAUGCACGAAAAGUUUUUGAUAUCCUACCUUGUAAGAACUUGGUUUCUUGGAAUACUAUGCUUAUAGGUUAUGCACAACAUGGAUUUGGGAAAGAAGCUUUGGAGAUUUACAGUAUGAUGCAAGAAAAUGGAGUUAAACCUAAUGAUAUAACAUUCGUCGGAGUAUUAUCCGCCUGUGGACAUGGAGGACUUUUAGAGGAGGGAUUAAACCACUUCAAUAGCAUGAAAAAUAACUAUGGGAUCACUCCAAGAACAAAUCACUUAGCUUGUAUGGUCAAUCUAUUUGCUCGUAAAGGGCAGACUAAAAAAGCUUACGACUUUAUCAGGAGCUUUCCUGAAAAACCAGAUAAGGUGGUUUGGCGUUGUCUUUUGUCAGGCUGCAAUAUAAAUAAAGAUUUUGUUCUGGGAAAAUAUGCCGCAGAGGAGAUUUUAAGUAUUGAUCCGAAUGAUACUUCAGCUCAUGUUACAUUGUCUAAUAUUUAUGCUAGGUUGAAUAUGUGGGAUGAAGCAGCCCAGAUAAGGAAAAUGAUGAAACAGAAAGAGCUGAAGAAGGAAACAGGAUGUAGUUGGACAGAAUUGCAGAACAAGAUAUAUUGUUUUUCUUCGAGCUACAAUAUGCUUCUUGGUGAAGUUAGCAUGAAAAAACUUUUGAUUGGACUGACUGCCCAAUUAUUAGAUGCAGGAUAUGUGCCUGACACAAAAUUAUCUUUUGAUUAUGGGGAUUAAUUGGGACUGUCUAUCCGUCAUUUAAGUCGUUUUGUCAAGUUUGAUCCACCCAUUUCCACAACAGGAGGCAGUAAAUUGGCAGUUGUGUGAUAGUUGUUGUCGUCGCUGUCUCACAGUUAAUAUGUGGAAUUUGGUGGACAUUAAGGAAGUUGAGAUCGACGACACUUGCAAUAUCAGGUGGCAAGAAGGUCAAAUAUGUAUAUGCUAAUGAUGAUUUAAACCCUCAAGCCAUUGUGUAUAUGGAAAGAAACUGUGUUCUCAAUAAACUUGAGAGGAAAAUUGAGGUAUAUAACAUGGAUGGAAGGAGGUUCAUUGGCACUGCAGAACCAUCAUGAAUCAGAUUCCAAACAUUGAGCUCGUCCAUGUUUUCCGGAAAGGGAAUCAAUGUGCUGAUUAUUUGGCAAAUCUUGAGCAAUAUACAGAAUGAGGUACGAUGAUUCUGGAGCAACCUCGGAGGGAAUAAAGGUCUUGUUGGAAAAGGAUGCCAAAGGUAUUGCCACUAGAAGAAUCUAUUAACGUGGGACCUUGGGGUCCCUCAGAUGUACCCAAAAAAAUGACACAAUUUAAUUUUUUUUUUUUAAUAAAACCUCGAAGUGUUUACCACUACAAAAGAAUUAUAACUAGGAGCAAAUGUGUAGUUUUAUU